UUCCGCAGUCGUCAAAGCCGGUUGUGUUUAAAUGCGUUCAGUAACUACUACCGUGAAGUGUCAUAGUUAGAACGACAUACGGGGACCACAACCCCCACAAACAGAGCGAUGUCUUUGCUCUGUGGCAAAAGGGAAGCCCCACACAAUUCUUUAGCCACCGCGGCUGUUGGAUCCUUACGGUGGAGAAGCGCAGCAAAAGGACGCCGUGACAGUGGUUCGACGAUCCUUUUACAAAGCGCAAAGCAAGUGAUAGUGAUACUGUAGAGUGGGGUGCAAUAUUUUAAAAAGGGUUGUUCUGUGCGUGUAUGGGUGUUGGAGAGGUAGAUAACUCCUUCCACUCGCCACACCUCCAUUCCCCCAUCAAACGCGACCGAAGUUCACUGUCCGUAGCCGUACCCCGCCGUCAUAGGGCUUCGCGUCAUUGACGGAUGCAUUUUCCGACCGCAGCAAACGCCGGCGAUCAAUCUUUCGUGCCGAGUUUUCCAACACAUUCGCGCACGAGUCCCUCACUCACGCACGUGUUUUCUCGUCCUGUCGAUAAUGUGAAACGCAUUCGGUCCGGCGAAGUGGUGUGUGUGUGUGUGUGUGUUAGUUGACCGUAAUAUUCGGUCGGCUUCGUUGAUGUAAUGGCUGAGGAAGAAGGAUUCAGUAGCGUAAUGCGAUUAGUUUGGUGCAGUCGCGGUUCCGCUGGUGGUGGUGCUAAUGAAACGCGAGAUAAUGAGGCCGGCAGUGAAAGUGAGAACGUGGUGGUGGUUGCAGAACGGCAAAAGAAAUCGAAACGCAUGUUGAUAACAGGUGAUUGCAUACAUUCGAGCAGAGUGGUGACGUUUGCUGUUAUGGGCAUGAUCGGUUGUUUCGUGAACGUAGUUUUUGGAGCAAUGUACACCUCAGGCAACGAAUCCUCAACCGAGGGUCUUCUCUAUCCGAUUGAAUCGGAAACGCGCGAACUGAAGAAACUGGACGGUAUGUGGAACUUUGUGCGCUCGGACAGCAACAGCCCGUCGCAGGGUAUUCGCGAGAAGUGGUAUAUGGAUGAUUUGGCACGGUUUCGCAAAACGAUCGGCAUGCCAGUACCGAGCAGCUACAAUGAUAUCACGGAGGAUGCAGCACUUCGCGAUCACGUCGGAACGGUGUGGUACGAUCGCAAAUUCUUCGUCCCGAAGGCCUGGUCGAAGGGAGAUGAUCGAGUGUUCAUACGCUUCGGUUCCGUGCACUACGAUACAAUUGUGUGGAUUAACGGAGUACAGGUUACGAAGCACGAGAUAGGUCAUCUUCCCUUUGAGGCGGACGUAACGAACGUCCUCAAGUACGGUGCCGAGAACCGUAUAACCGUGCUAUGUGACAAUGUGUUGCUGCAGGUGACAAUUCCUCAAGGCAAAGUGGAUAAUCAACCGAUAGACAACGGCGUUGAAUUGGUCCAAUCGUACACGUUCGAUUUCUUCAACUACGCUGGAAUUCAUCGCUCGGUAGUCCUGUACACGGUACCUCAGGUCUACAUCAAGGACGUUGCAAUUCAUACCAGCUACGAAGGAGAUGAAGGCCGAAUCGACUAUCAGGUCACAAUCAGUACGAACGAAACUGAGAAUCUGCAGCUGACGGUGAAGCUGUACGAUCGCAACGGAACACACGUCAGCACGGACGUAUCGGAAGCGAAGCUGCAGGGCACGGUUGUCAUUCCACAGGUGAAACUCUGGUGGCCAUACCUGAUGGAUCCCGAACCGGGCUAUCUCUACACGAUGGAGAUCACACUGGGCAAAGCCCAAUCAAACGAGGCACCUACCGAAACCAAAGAGGACACGGUGCUCGAUGUGUACCGCAUGAAAGUUGGCAUCCGUACCUUGCGAUGGAACAAUAGUUCGUUCCUUAUUAACGAAAAGCCUAUUUACUUCAGAGGAUUUGGACGCCACGAAGAUUCUGAUAUACGUGGCAAGGGAUUAGAUUUAGCGCUUCUCACCAAAGAUUUCAACCUGCUCAAAUGGGUCGGUGCCAACGCCUAUCGGACAUCACACUAUCCCUACUCGGAGGAAAGCAUGCAGUUUGCGGACGAACACGGUAUCAUGAUCAUUGACGAAUGUCCCAGCGUCGAUACAGAGAAUUAUUCGCAGAUACUGCUUGUAAAACAUAAAUCCAGCAUUGAGCAGCUAAUUCACCGAGACCGAAACCAUCCCAGUGUAGUGAUGUGGUCGAUCGCAAACGAGCCUCGCACUGGUAAGCUGGGCGCGGACGCUUACUUCGCAGCCGUGGCACAAUAUACAAAAAAGCUGGACCCGACGCGCCCCAUAACUGCCGCGAUUGCCGUGAACGUAAAUGAUGAUCUUGCUGCCCAGCAUUUGGACAUCGUCAGCUUCAACCGGUACAAUGCAUGGUAUGCUAACGCUGGCAAACUCAACAUGAUCACGAACCGCGUUAUUGAGGAAGCUGAAGCAUGGAACAAGAAACACAAUAAGCCAGUUCUAAUGUCAGAAUAUGGCGCUGAUACGCAGGAAGGACUACAUACGCUUCCAGCCUACAUUUGGUCGGAGGAUUACCAAACGCGUGUCUUCAGUCAGCACUUUAAGGCGUUCGAUGCACUUCGAAAGCAGAACUUCUUCAUCGGGGAGUUUGUUUGGAACUUUGCGGACUUUAAAACAGCGCAAACGUACACCCGCGUUGGUGGUAACAAAAAAGGUAUCUUUACCCGCAACCGGCAACCGAAGGCAGCCGCCUACCUGUUGCGCCAACGGUACCACGCGUUGGGUGAGCUAGGCAAGAGUUUCCUACCGGAAGAUCUGUUCCUCUACACAGCUCCGGACACCAACCAGCUAGUCAACGAGCGCACCGAACUGUAGAACUGCUUAACUCCAACCCACUUACAUCGUAAGAGUGUAAAAACACAAAGUAUUCGACAAUCUUUUGUAUGUUCUUUAUCUAUCGUAUAAGUGUUGAAAAGUAAUUACGUCUGGACUGAUAAUACAAA